GAAAAAAAAAAGCUGUCGACAAAAAGGCGGGAUACCAAGGUUAACGAAUCAUUGGACAAGAUUAUUCGUACAGCCAGCCUUCUUCAUCAGACGAGUAUGACAUAACCUCCCUUCUUCAAGCAGAAGCUGAAAUGUACGCGGAUGAAGGUGAGAGUAGCUACAAUAUUGCAGAGCCGGUUCAGUACCCACCUCAACAUGAGGCUGAUGAUGGAAUCCCGACGACAUGCUACUGUGGUGGUGAGCCUGUUGUUGCAACAUCUUACACUCCUAAAGAUCCAGGCAGAAGGUACUUCACGUGCGACAAUGCUGGUGAUGGAGACUGCCAUGUUUGGAAAUGGUGGGAUGUGGCUGUUAUGAAGGAGAUGAGUGACUUUCAGACACAACUUAGACAGUUUAAGGAUCAAGGUAAUGAGAGUGAGCAGAAGCUGGUUAAGCUUGUCUUUUGUGUUGUUUCAGGUUCAGCAGCAGGACAUGUGAACCAGGUCACAGGUGCAUUUGGAGUUGUGAAAGUGUUUUGUUGUUUAGCUCAUGUGAACCAAGUCACGGGUUCUUCUGUAUCACUUUAUGUUCUAUAAGUUUCCCUCAAGCCUGUCUUUAGCUAGCUAUCUCGUUUGCCUUGUUUCCAUCAGUUCUUGUUUCCUUUU